AUGGCUCACGACUUUACGCUUUUCGACAGGCCGGACCUGAAUCUUCGGACAUCUGCUCGACGGCGUCUGCCACACCCAACAAGCGCGAGCGCCACCUCGUCCACACUCCAGAAUGGCGUAGCGCAUUUCUCUCCAGAGUUUGUUACGUAUUCUGAGUUUCUUGGGAUUCUUGACGAUGGCCAAGGUCCAAUCGCUAACGGUGUCCAACCCUCGAGUCUGCUGUCUUUCAUGGCAGAAAACUUGAAUCCUUUAAACACCUACGAAUCGGAUCCAUUUGCAGCCGGCCCAAGUCGUCCACGAACACAUGCAUACGAAAUAUUUCCUAGCCCGACUCCUGAAUACGAGACAGGAUGGAUCAAGGAUGUGUUUGGUAAAGAUCAAUAUGUUGGGCAUGGGAGGAUCGAAGAAGUGGAGGACGACGACGCCGAAGGGAAUGCUAGCAUUGAGGAACACAACGACAUUGAGGCACCACGCACACGACGGCUUGAUACCCCGCUAUCUUUCCCUUUCACCAAUGAUGUAGAUCGCCAUGCUGAAUCAGACCUCCCUCAUAACGCCUCACCACCUCCACGGCCAAGACCCAGAAAACUUCCGAGUCUCAAGGCAACAUCUGAUUUUCAAAGUGUAAAGGCAGUUUCUUCUGCAGUUCCCGGCAUGGCUCCUCCAGUUAAUUCCGCUCCUGGCCUAUCAACCGUGUUGGAUGAUCCAACCGAAGUCUCCCUUGUAAAAGAAAAUAUCAAUCUUCUUUCAUUAUGUGCAGAAGAUGUAAAGUUUAUGAAUACUUUCUUCCUUGCGCAAAGUCAAGACCUAUCCCAACACAUUGAUGCAUGCUCGCAGAUCGAAGAAUAUCUGAGGUCUUUACGUGAUACCCUCACCCAUCGUGUGCAGAUGGGGGCGGAGGAGUGGAACGUACGAUCUUCCUCGUGGCAUCAAAAGUACUCAAAGCGGCUCCUCUCUCUCAGAACUACUCUUCAACGGCUAACGCGUGUUAGACAACUGAUUGAGACUCAGCCCCUCCGACCUCGUCAAAUCCAGGCAAUCUUAACUAAAUUAAAAGAACACGAGGCGAAAAUCAAGGACUUGGCAUCUAAAUACAGUGUCUCUUUUGAUCGACUUCGACUCCGACAUUUACACUUUUUGUUAUUACAAUCACAUAACGAAUCCAAGGCCCAGAAAGCACAAAAGACGCGACUCAUGUCGCGUGCCUCGUUUGAGCGGCAAUGGGAAGCAAGUAAAGCCUUCCGUGCUGGCCUACGUCAUGCCUUUAACGAUUUACGUCAAGAAUUUUACAACAAUCCUCGUGCUGGACGCCAUACAACUGCACCAUGA